AUGGAGUUUCAAGAAAAUGGGAAAGGUGGUAACAAGUACAGGAGAAUGGAUGAAUUAAUAGAAGAAGAUAAUGAUUUGUCAAAUGGUGAUUUUAAUCAACGAGAGAGAACAGAUAAUACCAAGAGAUAUGUUAUAGCUUGUGCCAUUUUUGCCUCUCUUAAUUCUGUGCUUCUUGGUUAUGAUGUGGGGGUAAUGAGCGGAGCCAUUAUAUUUAUUCAAGAAGAUUUGAAGAUCACUGAGGUGCAAGAAGAAGUACUCGUUGGAAUCUUGAGCAUAAUUUCUCUUCUGGGUAGUUUAAUUGGAGGGAAAACAUCAGACGCGAUAGGUAGAAAAUGGACAAUGGCAUUUGCAGCAAUUGUCUUUCAGACUGGAGCAGCUAUAAUGGCUUUAGCUCCGUCUUUCAAAGUACUUAUGUUAGGUAGGCUUUUUGCUGGGGUUGGGAUAGGCUUUGGAGUCAUGAUUGCCCCGGUUUAUAUAUGUGAGAUAGCACCUGCAGUUGCGAGAGGCUCUCUAACCUCCUUCCCUGAAAUUUUCAUAAAUUUAGGAAUCCUUCUUGGUUAUGUCUCAAACUAUGUAUUUUCAGGACUACCUGUCCACAUAAAUUGGAGGGUCAUGAUUGCUGUUGGAAUUCUUCCCUCAGCUUUUAUUGGUUGUGCUCUCUUCUUUAUCCCUGAGUCGCCUAGGUGGUUGGUAAUGAAACAUCGUAUUGAUGAUGCAAGAUUAGUGCUUUUAAAAACAAUUGAAAAUGAAAGAGAAGUGGAGGAAAGAUUGGCAGAAAUACAGAAAGCUGCAGGGCAUGGAAAUGCUGAACAGUAUGAAGAAAAAGCUGUCUGGCGUGAACUGCUACAUCCUUCCCCUGGAGUUUUAAGAAUGCUAAUAACUGGUUGUGGAAUUCAGUGUUUUCAACAGAUUACAGGUAUUGACACGACUGUGUACUACAGCCCUAUAAUAUUUCAGACUGCUGGGAUAUCGGAUAAGACCAGGCUUCUUGCUGCAACGGUUGCUGUGGGGUUCACGAAAACAACAUUCAUAUUGGCAGCUAUAAUACUUAUUGAUAAAAUAGGGAGAAAGCCCCUGCUUUAUGUGAGUACAAUCGGGAUGACUAUUUGUUUGUUUACUUUAGGACUAACACUGACGUUUCUGGAAAAUAGUAAAUUUGGAAUUGCUAUGGCUAUUGUAACCGUGUGUGGAAAUGUAGCUUUCUUCUCAGUGGGAAUCGGGCCGAUAUGUUGGGUCAUGACAUCUGAAAUUUUCCCUCUCCGGCUUAGAGCUCAAGCAUCAGCAAUUGGUUCAGUGGGGAACCGGGUUAGUAGUGGCGUCGUUGCUAUGACUUUCCUGUCUAUCAGCGAAACUAUCACUAUGGGAGGAACAUUCUUUAGCUUUUCAGCGAUUUCAGCUCUCGCUGUUGCUUUCGUUUACAAGUGUGUUCCAGAGACAAAGGGAAAAACCUUAGAAGAGAUUGAAAUGCUUUUCCAGAAUGAAGAACAUUGGAGAGGUAAUGCAGUGGAGCUUGAUGAUGUCGAACAUUUAGUACAGAACCAGUAACUAGAUAAAUGUGUGCGUGUUUUUUUUUUAAUUGAAAAUUUCACUGAAGUAAGAAGACAGAUUGUGAUUAUACAAAGAGUUCAGAACAUAUUUCUGGAAUUAGAUUCAUUGAGAUAUCGUAGCACAGUUUUAUUGCU